UUCAUUUAUAAAAUCUAUUUAUAUAAAAUUUUUUGCUAAAAAUUAAACAUGAAAAUUUCAUAGAUGGCAAGAGCUAAAAAGAGAGAUAAUGAUCGCUGGAUGAUGCGCAGAUGGGGUAAACAAAAUGACAAUGAGAAAAAAAUAGCAGAUGAAGAAGGUGGUAUUGUUGAACUAAAAUCAGUCAUGAAGACUGUUGAAAACGAAGAAGAUUUAUUUGGUUCUGAUGAUGAAGGUUUAAGAAGACCGAGAAGAGGAAUUGAAAGCGAUGAAGAGAUGGAAUUUGAGCAAGUAUUUGAAGAUGACGAAGAGGAAUUGCCUGAUGAUGCUAAUCCUAUUGAUGAAGAAAACGCUGAAGUUGUUAAAUUAAAGAAAAAAGCCAUUCACAAACCCACAUCUCUUGAAGGAGAAGAUGAGAAUGAAGAUUCUUUUAAAUUAACUCAGGAGGGAAUGCAAUUAAAGAAGUUAGUAAGAAAAUUUGAUGACAAUGAAGCUUAUGACGACAGUGAUCAAGAAUCGAAUCCUUACGCGAGUGAAAUUGAGGAAUCUGAAGAAGAAUUAAGUUCAGAAUCCCCUGCAAUAACACCAAUUAUUGGAGCUGCUGGUACUAAACCUUCUCCUGCAGGUAAAGCACCUACUAAGCCAAAAACGUCCACAAAAGGUAAAACACCCGCGAAAUCUACUGCUGAAAAACCAAAAGGAAAGAUUGCUACAGCGUCCAAAACAAAAUCAACAGCUGCUAAACCAAUCAAAAGUCUCUCUAAUUUGUCGGCUAGUGAAGAAGUACCUGUGAAACAAAAAUUGAAAGGUAGUGAUAUACCUGCUGCGAAAGUCCCAUCAAAAUCACAUGUUAAAAAUAUGACUGCAAUUCCAAUGUCAUCUACUCCCGAAGACUCAACGAAAAAGCCAUCCUCAAAACCUAAAAGUGUGAAAAGUGUUUCACCUACAUCAUCAAAAACUUCCGCGUCUCAAUCACAAAUUGCUCUCAAAAAGCAAAAACCUGCUACUACUGUUCGACAGCCUGUCUCAGAGAUGGCAACCUCUUUUGGAAAGAAAUCGUCCGCACACGAUUCUUUUGUAUCUGAUGAUGAUAAAUCCAUUAAACGGACUAAGCAAAGUGAAACUUCAACAGCUACUGCAAGUAUUAAUCGCUCAGCAAAUGCAAAUAUUUCAUCUACUGUUCGCACAUCUAAUGGCGGGGUUGUUAAGCGUGUUCGUGAAGGAGAAGAUUCUACGUCUUUCACAGGCAAGAAAGUUCGAACUGAUAAAGUUUCUGGUCCUCAGACAUCAACAGCUACUCAAGGUACCGACUCCUCAAACUCCCGAUUAAUCUUGGAGAGAGAAGUUCGGCAAAUAAUCAACAAGAAUAGUGAGCUUACAGUGACUACAAUUAUUAAAGCAUUUCGUAAGCGAAUCCACGAGGAUGCGCGCAAUAAAGAGCGCCUUCUUGAGAUAACUAAGAACAUUGCUGUCCUUAAGAAUGGCUAUCUAGUUUUGAAAUAAACAAUUAACUAUUUUUGUCUUAAAUGAGUAGUAAUAACAGCUAGUAAGGGUUACGUGGUUGAACACCCAACAAAGUUGUGGUUACAUGAGAGUUAUUAAAGGGAUGUGUGAUGAUAAAUUGACACAAUUUUUGAGAAGAGAGUGUUUAGAAAUUUUCUUUUUUUUUAAAAAAAAAAAA